CCUUAUUUUCCUCUUUAUCAAACACAUACAAACCCCAUUAUCAUAUUUGCACGCUCGCUUCCUUCCUCUUCCCCCUUUCUUUUCCAAACACAUACUAUCAUAUAGGAUACACAACAAAACUGUGGCCAAACGCCGAAAUGAGUAUCUGUUCCGAUCAGCAGCACCAUCACAAGUUUUACCCUUCUCAACAACUCCUUUCUCCUAAGAAGUCCCUCAGAGAUAUUGACGUUCCACCAAGGAAGCUCCUCACCCGUCGAGCCGCCGCCGUCGACGCCGGUGAAAUGUUCUCCGACGACACGCUUUUUCAGAAAUUCCUCCCUUGCAACAACCCUGCUGACGAUUCUGGCUCUGACGGCGACGACCCUUACUCGUCCGACCACUUCCGGAUGUAUGAGUUCAAGGUCCGCCGUUGCACUCGCAGCCGGAGCCAUGACUGGACUGACUGCCCUUUUGCCCACCCCGGCGAAAAGGCCCGCCGUCGCGACCCGCGUCGGUAUCACUACUCUGGAACGGUCUGUCCGGAAUACCGGCGCGGCGCGUGCAGCCGUGGUGACAGCUGCGAGUUUGCACACGGCGUCUUUGAAUGCUGGCUCCACCCUGCAAGGUACAGAACCGAAGCAUGCAAAGAUGGAAAGAACUGCAAGAGGAAAGUGUGCUUUUUCGCGCACACUCCGAAACAACUGAGGAUCCUUCCAGUUACAAUGAGUACUUCGAAUGACAUCUCUCCAUGCAAGAAGAACAAGCUUUUCCUGAACCCUUCGUCAGGUUCUUCUAGUAACAAUAGCUGCUGUUUGUUCUGUCACCACUGUGCCGGUGGUGGUGGUGCUGUUAAUUCUCCAACUUCAACGCUUUUAGGCAUGUCCCGUUUUUCGCCGCCGCUCUCACCAUCGUCCUCCGCCACGUCGCCUCCGGUUUCUCCGAUUAGUAGGCUGUCCCGCUACGGUGCGUGUCGUGGUGGCGGUGGUGGUGGUGCCAGUAACUUGAGUUACAAGGACGUGGUUAAUGAAUUGAUGAGUUCUUUGGAGGGUUUGAGUUUUAGCGACGGUUUGAAUUAUAGCGACGUUUCAGGUGUUUCUGCUGCAAAAGUAGCAACUAACAUGCCCUGGGUUGAUGUUCCUCUGAAUUGUGAGGAUCAGCAAGAGUUUAUUUUUUCUCCGUCUUCUCCAAUGAUGAUGACCCCAACAAGAAGCUGUGAUGAUGAUGGGAAAUUUUCGAGGUUUUUUAUUGGCAACGAAAACAGGGUGGUUGCUCAUAAAUCUAAUUCCGAUGCUAAUAUUUCUAAUGAUAUUAAUGGUGCGAAUAAUUGCCCAGCUCCUGAUCUCGGAUGGGUGAAUGAUCUUCUGAUGUAGAAGUUGAAGAUGAUGAUGAUGAGGGAGUUAAGAAAAUGGUCAGGAUGAUUAGCAAGUGUAAAUACUAUGGCGUCUAUUGUUAAUUAUUGUUUUCUAAGUAUUGUUUUGUUUCAUUGCUUUCUGAAUUUGUUGCCAAGUUUGCAACUAUUCUGUAAUUUGUGCAUUUGAAUUUAUAAUUUAAUUUCAUCUUGUUUUUGCCUUAUUAUGUAUAAAGGAGUGUGCUUUGAUUAUUCAUGUUCUUUUGGUUCGUUCU